UUUUGGGGCAGAGAGAAGCAUGCAAUUGGCACACACAACACAACGCACUAUAAAUCUGUCAUCUUUCUGUGCUGAUUUUCAACCAAAGGACAAGAGCUAGCUAGCAGCCCUUGCACAACAGCACAAGUACGUAGUAGUAAUCUGAACUCAGUUGCAGCUAAUUAGGAGUGGUCGAUCAAUCGAGACUAAUAAUGGCAGGGGAGAGCCGCGGCAACAUCGCCUUCUUCGCGACGUACCGGCCGCCGGUGCCGCUGGACAUCUUCUCCAGCCCCGUCCCGCCGUCCUCUUCCCGCGACGAGGUCCACCUCACCGACGGCGUCUCCUACAACUACGACUGCCGCCCCAUCCCGGCGUCCGCGCUCAAGGCCCUCCUGAGGCGCCCCAAGCUGGCGGCCGACGGCGGCGCCACGGAGGCGGACGUGGACGCCGGCCGCGUGUCCGGGCUCGUCUUCGUCUCCGAAAGAGACGGCGGCCUCGAGACGCUCCGCAUCGCCCUGCGCUUCGACAAGGAUAACAAAACCAAGGUGUUCUCCCUGGCCGACGUCUUCGGCUCCGGCGACUUCAGCGGCACGCGGCUGGAGGACAGCGGCUGCUUCGGCGGCGGGUACAAGGUCGGGUCCCGCACCGUGGACCAUUCGCUCAUCUACGUGUCCACCAAGGAGCCCGUGAAGGACCGCCGCUCCCCGUGGACCGUGGUGUACAAGACCAACCUCAGGACCGGCAAAACAGAGCGCCUGACCCCGAAAGGCGCCUACGACCUGAGCCCGGCCGUGUCGCCGUCGGGGAAGAAGGUGGCCGUGGCGUCUUUCCGGGCGGAGGGGUGGCAGGGCGAGAUCGAGAACCUCAAGACGGACAUCUUCGUGAUGAACGUGGAGAAGCCGCCGCUGGGGCGCAAGCUGCUGGUGAAGGACGGCGGCUGGCCGUCGUGGGGCAGCGAGAACUUCGUCUUCUUCCACCGCGGGUCCGACAAGACGCUCCCCUCGGGCAUGAUCGAGACGUCGUGGGCCGUGUUCCGUCUCGACGUCGCCACGGGGGAGACCGUCCGGGUCACGCCGGAGGGGCUCGACGCGUUUACUCCUGCGGCCAUCAGCGAGACCAAGGUGGCCGUGGCCACCAUCCGGCAGAAAUCAAAGUUCAGCGACGUCCGCGUGGAGGCGCAGUACAGGCACAUCGAGAUCUUCGACGUUGCCGCUGGCGGGGCGCAGGCGCAGCAGAUCACGCAGAAGACGAGGCCCAAGGGCGACCACUACAACCCCUUCGUUCUCGACGGCGGCGCCCGCGUCGGGUACCACCGCGUGAGGAGCGACCUCCUGAAGCCCGGCGACGACGUGCCCCGGAACUUCCACAAGCUGGAGUCCCCGUUAAAAGACGUGGGCCUCUUCCGCGUGUCCGGCGUGUUCCCGACCAUCUCCAAGGACGGCUCCAAGCUAGCCUUCGUGGACAACGAGUUCAAGGCCGUGUGGGUGGCGGACGCCCAGGGCCUGCGGAUCGUGUACGAGACCAAGGGGCCCGACAGCAUCUUCUCGACGAUGUGGAACCAGAACCCGGACAAGGACGUGCUGUACGUGUGCAUGGGCCCUUCCUUCAACGCCGGCAAGCCGCUGGAGAUCUGCGCCAUCCCCAACGUGUCCAGCGGCGCCAGGCAGCGGCGGCUGCUCACCAAGGGCAAGUUCAACAACGCGUUCCCGUCCAGCAGCCCCGACGGGACCCGGUUCGUGUUCCGGUCCACGAGGGACCACGCCAAGAGCGAGAGGAAGCACAAGAACCUGUACAUCAUGGAGGACCAGGAGGUGGGGGAGUACGGGGAAGGCGGCAAAGUGACGCGGCUGACGGACGGGGAGUGGACGGACACGCACUGCCAGUGGUCGCCCAGCGGGGACUGGAUCGUCUUCUCCUCCACGCGGGACAAGCCGCCCACGGCGGCGCCGCUGGACCACGGGCUGGACCCGGGAUACUUCGCGGUGUUCAUGGUGAAGGCGAGCGACCCGGCCGUGGUGAUCAGGGUCGUGGGCAGCGGCGACGACCUCAGCGGCCACGUGAACCACCCGGUGUUCAGCCCGAACGGCAGGAGCAUCGCCGUGACGUCCGACCUGGCCGCCGUGUCGGCCGACCCCAUCUCGCUGCCGCUCUUCCUGCACUCGGUAAGGCCCUACGGCGACAUCUUCGCCGUGGACAUCGACGACAUCCUCCGGCUCGGGGACGACGCGGAGAAGCUCAAGAAGAUCAAGGACCUGAGGAGGAAGUUUCACCGGAUCACGCACAGCCGCUACGAGUACUCCACGCCGGAGUGGACCAUGUUCGCCACGGACGACCCCAACGCGCAGUGGAACGUGCUCGUCAAGAAGGACGCCGCGUACACGCCGGCCUGCCCCUACGCGUACCCGGACGGCGGCGAGAGCUGGCACAUGACCGGACACCUCUGCAUCCCAAAGAGGUGCUGCUAGCGCCGCCUCCGAUCAUCUGCAUGUCCAUGAAUCCAUCCAUGGUCGCCCGUCUCGUCUCUGCUAAUUAAUUAAAUAAGCGCGUGCCUAGAAGAUCGAUAGAAUCUUCUAUUUCAUCUUCGUCGUGGAUGUCGCGUGGUUGCUUUUCAGCUCCAUCGAUUUGAUCCGCAUUUCAUAAGGUUUCCUCAAUCCUCUGUUUUUAAGCUGUUGGUCCGAUUUUAUUAAUGAAAUAAACAGAGUACACUCUGUUGGACAAACUUAAGAAGACAAGACAUAAAAACCACUUGUAUUACUCUCUUCGAUAAA